UGUGACUUCAUCUCUGAUUGAAACAAGACCAUGGAUGGUGGCAAGCAGUUAAAGGUCACCCUUGUUUUCAGCCUUCCUCUAAUUUUUCAGCUCUGUGCCGGGAACAACGUCACCGAUGACUAUGACUCCAACACCACCAUCGACUACACCAUGUUUGAGAUCCUGUGCGAGAAGGAAGAAGUCCGGAACUUCCGUGCCGCCUUCCUCCCAGCCAUGUACUCCCUCAUCUGCUUCACGGGGCUGCUGGGGAACGGGCUGGUGAUGCUCACCUACAUCUACUUCAAGAGGCUGAAGACCAUGACAGACAUCUAUUUGCUGAACCUGGCUCUGGCAGACAUCCUCUUCCUGCUGCCCCUUCCCUUUUGGGCCACAAGCGCAGCCAUACACUGGCUUUUUGGGGAGUUUGCCUGCAAAGCCGUCUAUUGCAUCUGCAAAAUGAGUUUCUUCAGUGGGAUGCUGCUCCUCCUGUCCAUCAGCAUCGACAGAUACUUUGCCAUUGUCCAGGCUGCCUCGGCCCACCGCUUCCGUCCCCGGAUGAUAUUCAUUAGCAAAGUCACAUGCAUCCUCAUCUGGGUCCUGGCCUUCAUCCUCUCAAUCCCUGAGCUGGUUCACAGUGGUGUAAAUAACUCCAACAGCCAGCCCCGUUGUUCCAUCAUCGCUAAUGACUUGCAGACCUUCAACGCUGGCAUCAAAGUGUCCCAAAUGGUUUUCGGCUUCUUAUUUCCCCUAGUAGUCAUGUCUGUCUGCUACCUCAUCAUCAUCAAAACAUUACUCCAGGCCCGCAACUUUGAGAAGAAUAAAGCCAUCAAGGUCAUCAUCGCCGUGGUAAUUGUCUUCAUUGUCUUCCAGCUGCCCUACAACGGUGUCAUGCUGGCCAAGACCAUCUCAGCCUUCAACCACACCAGCUCGUGCGAGGAGAGCAAGAAGCUCGACGUGGCGGAUGACGUGACCUACACUCUAGCCUGCUUCCGAUGCUGCCUCAAUCCCUUCCUCUACGCCUUCAUCGGUGUCAAGUUCCGCAACGACCUCUUCAAGCUUCUGAAGGAGCUGGGCUGCCUGAGCCAGGAGCGCCUCUGGCAGUUGUCCACCUGCCGUGAGAGCAAGAGAUUUUCCUUUGCCAUGGAGACAGAGACAACCACCACCUUCUCCCCAUGA